CCAUAAUGAUGUUUACAUUUCUGACAGUGACACAUUGCUUCCAAAUGUUUUAGUUUCUUCGUUCUUUACAUAGUUAUAGUUUUUACAAUUUGUUUAUAACAAGAAGUAGUACAAACUGAAGAAAAAAAGGAGGAUUACUAUCUAAACCUGAAUUAUAUCUAAGCUACAAUAUCAGGAAGGUCAACAAGAUCAGUAUUUUUAGUUAUAUAAUUUAUGGUACCAAGUUUUAAUCUCAGCAAUUCGAAAAGUCUCAGUCACAUAUGGUUGCAGUAAGAAUUUUUACGCUCUUAGUAAUACACUUGUCAUUAGUUUCUAUAGCAUUUGCAAUCGGAUUUUCUUUUGACUCUAAAAUGGAAUUUGAGAAAGUUGCAAAUUUAUGCGAUGAAGUAUGUUUAGCGUCUCGUAAAUUUUCCAACAGUUUGCAUAAGACUCUAACUACAGACACGGAGGAGAAUGUGGUUAAUUCACCUUUCAGUUUGCACACUAUUUUAUCUCUGCUCUCACUUGGAGCCGAAAAUGCAACUGCAGUCGAAUUGAAAUCAGGUCUUUUUCAUCCUGAAACAAAUUUAGAAAGUGGAAUUAAAGGCCUUUUAGCUCUAUUUAAUAGUGUAAAAGAUGUGGACUUUAGUGUCGCCAAUAUAAUUUAUGUUCAAGAGGACUUACACUUAAAUCAUGAAUUUACAUCUAAAAGCGCAGAAAUAUUUGGGUCUAGCGUUGUACAAGUUGAUUUUAAGAAAGCCUCAAAUGCUGUGGAACGAAUUAAUUCUUGGAUUAUUGAGAAAACUAGGAACAAGAUAAAGGACUUGAUAUCAUUGGAUGAUAUCAGCGAUGAUACUCGGCUUUUAAUGAUAAAUGCUGUGUAUUUCAAAUGUUCAUGGAAACAUAAAUUCGAUCCAAAAUUAACAAUGAAGCAGAAUUUUUAUAACACAAAAAACAAUGUUAAACAAGUUAGUAUGAUGCAUAUGAAUGCACAUUUUUCUCACAGGACUUCAGCAGAUUUAAAUGCAAGAAUUUUGGAAAUUCCUUACCAGAAUGCCGAUUUCUCAAUGGUAAUAAUUUUACCAAAUGAUGUUAAUGGCUUGCAAUCUUUGGAAGAGAAUUUUGAGUGGGACACAAUAUUUAAUGCUCCUCUGCGUAACUCCAAAGUGGAACUUUUUUUACCUAAAUUUAAAUUAGAACUAAAAGUGAGCUUGAAAGAAACUUUAAAAAAGAUGGGAAUAAGUAAAAUAUUUCAAGAUGAUGCUGAAUUUAAUGGAAUAUCAAAUGUACCACUCAAAGUAAGCCAUGUUAUACAGAAAGUCUUCAUUGAAGUUGAUGAGGAGGGUUCCGAAGCUGCAGCAGCUUCAGGUGUCCAAAUGAGGUUACGUAGAAGCAUUGACGUUGACGAACCUGAGGAAUUUCGAGUAGACCGACCAUUCUCAUUCAUUAUUCUUUAUAAACCAAUUAACAUUCCUCUCUUUGUUGGCAGCAUUCGUGAUUUGGAAGCAGUUAUUGAAAAAGACGAACUUUAAGAUUUUAUAUACGCAUUUUUUGUAAAAUUUUAUAUACAUGAUCAAAGAUAUUUUUAAGUUAGCUUAAAACGAUAUUGAUAUGUCCAUAUUAUGUUUAUCUAUAAUGUAAGGUAAAGGGUUAAUGGCUUAAAACAUAAAUACGUAAAUAAAAUCUAUUCUAAUUUUA